AUGGCGGCAAAGGAGUGUCCCAAGUACGACCCGACGGACCCGGCGAACGGCCAGAAGCAGAUCUACGUGCAGCUGGUGCUGUCGCUGGCGCUGGGGGCCGCGGCCUUCCUGGGCUUCUGCUUCCUGCGACCGCGGUGGAAGAGCCUGUACGCGGCGCGCAAGCGGCAGAAGGACGCCGCGCAGAACCUGCCGGAUCUGCCGGACGGCUUCUUUGAGUGGAUGCCGGUCCUGUAUCGGGUGUCGGAGGAGCAGGUGCUGAGUUCGGCUGGGUUGGACGCUUACGUGUUCCUGGCCUUUUUCAAGAUGUCGAUUCGGCUGUUCAGCGUCAUGUUCGUGCUGGCGAGCGUUAUCCUAGCGCCCAUCAACAUGCACUUUGAUUACCUAGCUACGCCGAGCAACCCGCAGGGCCCGGAGGGGCCAUCGAGCUUGUACAUGCAGAUGGUUGAUAAGACUGGCGUCUGGGAGGAUGUUGGUGCGCUGGACAAGGACGGCAAGAAGAAGCUGGAUACGAGUUAUCUGUGGGCAUACCUGGUUUUUACGUAUUUCUUCACGUUCCUGGCUAUCUAUUUCAUGGCGACGGAGACGCGGAAGAUCAUAAAGAUCCGGCAGGAUUACUUGGGGAGUCAAUCGACGGUUACCGAUCGCACGAUCAAGCUGUCUGGGAUACCGCCUGAACUGAGGAAGGAGAAGGAAAUCAAGGAAUUUCUGGAGAAGCUGGAGAUUGGAAAAGUGGAGAAUGUGACAGUUUGCAGGAACUGGAAGGAUCUUGAUAAAUUGAUGGAGGACAGAGCUUACCUGUUGCGGAAACUUGAGGAGGCGUGGACGGUGCAUAUUGGCGGGAGCAAGACGAAGGAAGCCCAUCCUGACGAGCAAAGAUAUGGCGGCAUUGCAGGAGAUGAGGUGGACGAGGAUCAAAGAGAAGAUGAGGCGUUAAUGGGGACAAGUCACGUUACUGCGUACGAGAAUCCAAGGCCGACGACGAGGAUCUGGUAUGGAUUCUUGGGGAUGCAGAGCAGGAAAAUUGAUGCAAUCGACUAUUAUGAGGAGAAGCUCAGGAUUAUGGAUGAUAGGAUUUCCAUGGCGAGGAAGAAGAGCUACAAGGCUACACCUGUGGCGUUUGUCACAAUGGAUUCGAUUCCGGCUUGUCAGAUGGCUGUGCAGGCUUUGCUGGACCCAUCGCCGACGCAGCUUUUGGCGAAGCUGGCUCCGGCACCUACUGAUAUCGUCUGGCAGAACACCUAUCUGCCACGCUACAGUCGGAUGUGGAGGUCUUGGACGAUCACCAUUUUCAUUGUGGUGCUUACGGUCUUCUGGCUGAUCCCGGUUGUGGGACUCGCUGGCCUGAUUGAUCUCUGCUCGAUCCGUCAGGUCUGGCCUGGACUCGCCAACUUGUUAGAAACGCAUCAGAUCAUCAAGGCUUUGGUGCAGACUGGUUUGCCCACGCUCGUUGUGUCUUUGCUCAACAUAGCAGUGCCUUUCUUGUACGACUACCUUGCCAAUAUGCAGGGUAUGAUCUCACAAGGCGACGUUGAGCUCUCCGUCAUCUCGAAGAACUUUUUCUUCACUUUCUUCAACGUUUUCCUGGUCUUCACUGCGUUCGGAUCCGCGGCCAAGUUCUUGCCGGUGCUUCAGGACUCGUUGAAGGAUACUACGAAGCUGGCGUACAAACUUGCAAGCUCCGUCCAGACCCUGGCUGUCUUCUACACAAACUUCAUUCUUCUGCAAGGUGUCGGCCUGUUGCCAUUCCGGUUGCUGGAGUUUGGAAGUGUGACGCUCUACCCAAUCUUGCUGAUGUGCUCAAAGACUCCACGAGACUACGCAGAGCUGGUGCAGCCCCCACUUUUCAAGUACGGGUUCUAUCUUCCCUCAGCACUGCUGGUGUAUGUCCUAUGCAUCGUCUACAGCAUCCUGCCAGCGGGCUACAUGGUCCUGUUCUUCGGCCUCAUCUACUUUAUCUUCGGCUACUACACAUACAAAUACCAACUCCUGUACGCUAUGGACCACCCACAACAUGCUACCGGUGGUGCCUGGCCGAUGAUCUGUUACCGCAUUCUCCUCGGCCUCGGUGUCUUCCAGCUCGUCAUGGCUGGUAUCAUUGCAUUGAAGACCGCUUUCACAGCUGCAGCUCUGGUUGUGCCGUUGAUUCCAUUUACGAUAUGGUACAGCUACUACUUUGCAGGCACGUACGAGCCGCUGAUGAAAUUCAUUGCGUUGAGGUCGAUCAGGAGGGAGAGCAAUGCGGAUGUGAAUCUGCCGGGUGAGAAUUUGGGCAUGAGUCGCCCGCCGGGGUAUGGUCGUCGACCGAGCACGACGUUGGACGAAGCGAGAGAGGAGGGGUUGAAGUUCAUUAAUCCGAAUCUGACGGCACCAUUGGAGAAGCUUUGGAUCAAUAGAGAUGGUGACGAGGGCAGUCACUCGAACGGCGACAUACCACCCGAGUCUGAUAUUUUCCGAGAGGACAGUAACACAAGUAGCCUGAGCCUGGGGGACACGCACAUCUGGAGAGACAAUGCCGAUGCGAACGUGUAA